AUGGCGGCGUCGAGCCCCGUCAGGGUCUCCCUCGACGAACUGACCGAGGACCAGAGCGGCAGGGACGAUCAGAUCGACGCCGACGGCUUCGAGGUCGACGUGGGCAACCUCUGCGCGUCGGACCCCCGCCCCGUCUCCCCCCACCUCCUCGAUCCCGACGGCCUGCCGUCGAUCGAAUCGGCCGCCGGCGCCGCCCAGGCCCUCGCGGCGGCCCUGUUCUCCCUGCCCGGCCAGGCGGACGAUCACGGCAACUGGAUCGUGACGCUGCCCGAUCCGAUCGCGGCGAUCCCUCGCGAGAAGCCGCUGCCGACGGCGCGGCCGGAGACGAGGUGGGAGCGGUUCGCCAAGCGGAAGGGGAUUAAGAAGCGGAAGAAGGAGAAGCGCGUGUGGGAUGAGGAGGUGGGGGAGUGGCGGCGGCGGUAUGGGUACAAGAGGGUGGGCGACGCCAGGGACGUGGCGGUGCUGGACGCCAAGCCCACGGACGAGGUUGGUGAGGAUCCCUUUACGAAAAUGGAUGAAGCAAAGAAGGAGCGUGUGAGGAAGCAAGAAAAGCGCAUGGUGGCAAACAUCAAAUCUGCCGCAAAGGCAGGGUAUGUGCCAAAUUCUGUGAAGCUGUCAGCAAAGCUGCCAGAAUAUGGGAAGGGACACCCGAUGGACAGAAAACAGCACCUGAGCGAGGUCAAGUCGGCAGCCGACCAGGCGGGCGUCUCCACAGCCUCCAUGGGCAAAUUCGACAAGCCCCUGCCCGGUGAGACCGAGGGUGCCAGGAGCCAGCCUGUGAAGCGCCGAAAGCCAAUCGCCUCGGGGCAGCCUACGACCAUAGAGGUUGAGACUCUUGCCAAGAUGGCCGACCGCCUGGUGCGUGAGCGAUCGGAGGACGGCCUGGCGGUGGGUCGGGCGAUUGGUCACCUUGAGGCCGCCAAGAGGGAGGCACGCCACAGGGAGAAGGUGGAGCGGUACAUGGAAGGGGAGGAGGACGAAGGGGGGAGGGGGGGCAAGGGAGGGUGGAAGGGCAAGGGGGGCAGGAAGGGGAAGCAGGGGAGGAAGGGGGGCGUGGGAAAGGUCGUGGCAAAGGCCGGCAAGGGGGCUGGCAAGGGCAGAGGGGGCACAAGGAGAAGGAAGGGCAGGAGGUAG